CCCCAGACUUCGGGUCCCGGCUGCCUGCGGGGCACAGCGGGGCUGAGCGCCUUUGGGGCGGCCAUGGGGUCCGCGCUGCUGCCGGCGCUGCUGCUGCUGCUGGUCGGGGCGCUGCGCGGGGCCGCCGGCGUGCAGCUGCUGCACGAACAGCACGGCGCGUACCGAGGGCCCGGCGGCAGCUACUUCGGCUUUGCGCUGGACUUUCACGUGGAAGGGGGAAGGGUCGGAGUGGCCGUGGGCGCCCCGCGUGCCAACACCUCGCAGCCCAACGUCACCGAACCCGGAGCCGUUUUCCUCUGCUCGUGGCCACCGGGGCCGGCAGCGUGUCAGCUCGUGUCCUUCGACAGCGCUGGGGACGAACAGGAGCUCAGCGCCGGCGCGCAGCUGCAGGUUCACAAAUCGCGGCAGUGGUUGGGGGCGUCGCUGCUGAGCCACGGCGGCGCGCUGCUGGUGGGUGCCGGGGCCCGGGGCGCUCGGUGUCACGGCGGGGCGGGCGCCCACCCCCAGCCGCGCCACCCCGCAGGCCUGCGCCCCGCUGCAGCACUGGAACGCCGUGCGCGGGCACAGGGAGGCGUUCCGCACUCCGGUGGGCGCGUGCUACGUGAGCGGCGCGGGGCGGCGCGGCCUCGCCUGGAUCUCGCCGUGCCGAGACGUGCGCAUGGCCGCCUCGUACCGGGACACGCAGUACGUGCUCGACCAGCGCUACUGCGAGCUCGGCUUCAGCGCCGCCGUCACCGCGGGCUGCUGUUCGUGGUUCAGCUCUCCUCCAUCCUCUCCCGUUUCCCCAACUCCUCUCUGCUGUGGCCUCACAGCCCCGGCCGCCCCACAGCCGAGCCGGCGGAUCCCGACUCCACCGACGGCUACCGGGGCUACGCCGUGGCCGUGGGAGAGUUGGACGGCGACCCCAAAACCAAAGAGUUCGUGGUGGGGGUCCCCAAUAAGGGCAGCACCAGGGGCGAGGUGGAGAUCUUCAGUGCGGGGCUGGCGCUGCGCCGCGUGCACGGCAUCCCCAGUGAGCAGGUGGCCUCCUACUUUGGGCACUCUGUGGCCGUGGCCGAUGUCAACGGGGACGGGAGGGACGACGUGCUGGUGGGAGCCCCGCUGUUCGUGGAGCGGAGCGCGGACGGGAAGCAGCGCGAGGUGGGGCGGCUCUACGUCUACCUGAGCGGCGCCCGGCGCCCGUGGGAGCGGCGCCCCCAGACCCUGACGGGCACGGAGCCCUACGGCCGCUUCGCCGCCGCCAUCGCCCCGCUGGGGGACCUGGACCUCGACGGCUGCGCCGACGUGGCGGUUGGCGCCCCAUACGGCGGUGACGAUGGCAGCGGGGCGGUGCUCAUCUUCCGGGGGCAGCGGGAGGGGCUCAGCCCGACCCCAGCGCAGCGCCUCAGCAGCCCCUUCCCCGGCCCUGCCGCCUUCGGCUUCACGCUCCGUGGUGGCACCGACAUCGAUGGCAACGGGUACCCAGAUCUGCUGGUCGGUGCUUUUGGGGUCUCCAUGGUGGCCGUGUACCGGGCGCAGCCCGUGGUGGUGGCCCAGGCGCAGCUGAGCGUCCCCAGCGGGCUGAACCCACAGGUGACAGAGUGCGUCCUGCCGGGGAGUGACAGCCGUGUCACCUGCUUCGAGGCGCAGCUCUGUGUCUCCGUGUCGGGACGCCGCAUCCCUCGCAGCAUCCGGCUGGUGGCAGAGCUGCAGCUGGACCGCCUGAAGCAGAGGGGACACCGCAGGGUGCUGCUGCUGCGGGGACAGCAGGCGGCGUGGCAGCGGGAGGUGACCCUGGAGCCGGGGACGUCGCCGCAGUGCCACCAACUGGCUGCGUACCUGAGGGACGAAGGGGACUUCAGGGACAAACUGAGCCCCAUCGUCACCAGCCUCAGCCUGGCGCUGCCGCCCCCGGACCCCAAAGGCCUGGGCCUGGUGCUCUAUGGGGACACCCACGUGCAGGCGCAGACCCACAUCAUCCUGGAGGACUGCGGCGAUGACAACGUCUGCGUCCCCGACCUGCGCCUCUCUGCCCACACGCCGGACGCACGGCUGCGGAUCGGCGAUGACAACGCGGUGACACUGCGGGUCGGGGCCACCAACAUGGGGGAGGGGGCUUUCGAGGCCGAGCUGUGGGUGCAGCUCCCGGAUGGCAGCUUCUACCAGCGGGCGCUGAGUGACACGCAGGAGAAGCUGAGCUGCAACCCCAGGAAGGAGAACGGAACCCACGCGGUGGUGUGCGACAUGGGCAACCCCAUGAAGGCGGGCACACAGAUCGCUGUGGCCGUGGAGCUGAGUGUCACCGGGUUGGAGGACGCGGGCGAUGCCAUCACUUUCCACCUGCAGCUCAGGAGCAAGAACAGCCCCAGCGUCACCGCGGCCGUGAGCAUCCCUGUGGAAGCGCACGCAGAGAUGGAGCUGAGGGGCAUGUCCCUGCCCGCCACCACCGUGCUGCCCAUGGAGUGGCGGCGGGCUGGGGACGGCCGCCAGCCCGAGGACCAUGGGGUGCGCGUGGAGCACGUCUACCAGCUGCACAAUAAGGGCCCGGCCACCGUCACCAACGUCACCCUGAGCCUCCACAUCCCUGUCACCGCGGGCGGCCGCACGCUGCUGUACCUCCUGGAGCUGGGCACCGAGGGUGGCAUCACCUGUGUGCCACCGCCGGACCUCAACCCCAUGCAGCUGGAGGUGGCCCAAGCCCCGGAUGUGGGGCAGAGCAACGGGACGCGGCGACGGGAGCGCAGGGAUGUGGGGGACGGGGAGGAGAGCGUCAGUGUGGACUGUGGCAAUGCCACCUGUGCAGAGGUGUGGUGCCAGGCGGGCAGCAUGGCGCAGGGACAGCGCGUGUUGGUGGCCGUCCGCGCGCUGCUCUGGAUGGAAACCCUGCAGCAGGACGACCACCCCCAGCACCUCUCCAUCCAGUCCUGGGCCUCCUUCAACACCUCAGCCAUGCCGUACCACGUCCAGCCCCACGCGCUGCCCCACGGCACCGCCACGGCUGUCACCGAGGUGCUGCGCUCCCGGCCCGCUGCCGUCCCGGUGUGGUGGGUGGUGCUGGGGGUGCUGGCGGGGCUCCUCCUGCUCGCCCUCCUCGUCCUCCUGAUGGGGAUGAUGGGGUUCUUCAAGAGGACGCGGCCGCCGGCGGAGGGGGACACCGGGGAGGGGGCAGCGGAACAGGGACAGGGACAGGGACAGGGACAGGGACAGGGACAGGGCACGGAGAUGGGGGACGGCCAGGGGUAGGGGAGGGGACCCCGUGUCCUGCCCCCCCAUGUCCCCCAUGUCCCAUCCCCACCCCAUGUCCCCAACGUCUAUGGGUUCCCAAUGUCCCAGGCACCCUACACCUGCCCCAACGUCCCCAUUCCCACCCCAGUGUCCCCAACAUCUGUGGGUUCCCAAUGUCCCCGUCCCUCCCCCAGUGUCCUCGGUGCCCCACACCUGCCCCGAUGUCCCUAUAGCCCCCCCCAGUGUCCCUGUCCUAUUGUCUUCAACAUCUCUGGGUUCCCAGUGUCCCCAUAGUCCUGCCCCAAUGUCCCCAACCCCUCCCCAGUGUCCCCACCAUCUAUGGCUUCCCAAUGUCCCCGUUCUCACCCCAAUGUCCCCAGAGCCCCACACCUGCCCUGUGUCCCCAUAGUCCCCCCUUCCCCCAGUGUCCCUGCCCCUAUGUCCCCAACAUCUUGUAGGUUCCCAGUGCCCCUGUAGUCCCACCCCAAUGACCCCAUCCCUGCCCCCAGUGACCCCCACACC